AGCCUUCAAAACUUUUGGUUAUUUUUGUCAAAAUUAUAAACAACAAUUCUAUUCUUAAAUUAUUUCCACAAACUCUUUCGGAGGGCGAUAUCCAAAAAUGCCAAAUAUACAGUUGCAGUCAUCCGAUGGGGAAGUCUUCAACAUCGACUCGGAAACGGCCAAGUGCUCGAGCACCAUCAGAAAUCUUAUUGAGGAUUGCGGCCUGGAAUCGGAAGAGAACCCACUGAUUCCCCUGCCCAAUGUCAACUCCACGAUCCUCAGCAAGGUCCUGAUAUGGGCCAAUCACCACAGGGCCGAGAAAGCAGAAAAGACUGAAGAAAAUUCUGGUAAAGACGAAGCGUCAGCGGUGGUUAGGUCCUCGGAUGUGAUCAGUGCAUGGGACGCGGAAUUUUUGACCGUGGAUCAGGGUACACUGUUCGAGUUAAUCCUGGCGGCCAACUAUUUGGACAUCAAGGAGUUGCUGAGCGUGGCCUGUAUGACGGUGGCCAAUAUGAUAAAAGGACACACCGCCGAAGAGAUCCGUCAGACCUUUCACAUUCCCAACGACUUUUCGCCUUCCGAAGAGGAAUUAUUGCACAAGGAUAGGGACAACGAGCCAGUGAUUCCAGAAGUGGAGUCGAGUUAUGAAACUUUCAGUCUUUAAUCUUAACAAGGGAAGUCCUAAUUUUAAGUUUGAGUUGGAUUUGCUUGGGAACUUUUAAAAUAUUAUUAAAAUAACAACAAAUAGUAAUAACA